AUGGGUAUCCUUUCCCUACUGGCUCCGGCUAGCGCCACUCUCUAUGACCAAACCAUCCAGCUCCCCCAGGGCAAGGUGCAGGGUGCUGCUGCCUUCAACGAAAGCAGUGCUCCAUCCUACAUUGUCAACUGGAAAGACAUUUCUGUAUGGAAGGGCAUCCCAUAUGCCGCCACAACUGGUGGAGAAAAUCGCUGGAAGCCGCCCCAGAGUGCCCCAUCCUGGAACGGCACCCUGAAGGCCACUGCCUUUGGCGCCAGCUGUCCUAGCUCAUUCGCUGGUGACGGAGUGAGUGAGGACUGCUUGUCGAUCAACAUCUGGAGCCCCGCCACCUCCACCGAUGCCAAGCUGCCGGUCAUGCUGUGGUCCUAUGCGGCCGGAGGUGAAUCCAGCCAAAGUACCUACGAUGGUGCGGGCAUGGCGGCCAAGGAUGUUAUCUUCGUCAGCUACAACUACCGCACAGGACCUCUCGGCUGGUUAACACUACAUGAGCUAGCCGAAGAGAGCGGUGCGACGGGCAACUACGGUCUUCUUGAUCAGAUCGAAGCUCUGAAAUGGGUUUAUCACAACAUCGCCGCUUUUGGCGGAGACCCCGAGUCCAUCACUGUGGCCGGACAGUCCUUCGGCUCCGGCGCCGUUUACCAUAUGGUCAACAGUCCCCGGACCAAGGGUAUGAUCAAGGGAGCGAUCGCAGAGAGUGGUCUCAAGGACCCAUAUGACCCAGACCUGUGGGGAUACGGAAGUGACUACCGGAAUAUGACCUGGGCAUAUGCCUUCAGCAAGACCUACGCAGAGUCACUCAAUGCGACGAGCGUGGCUGACUUGCGCUCCAUGGACCUCGAAACAGUCCUUAGCGGCACCGGUGCUUCUGACUUCGUCGGCUUCGACCCAGUGCUCAACUACCACUCAAUGCCCAACAAGUACAUCGUUAGCCUGGACGAAGGUGCACCCAAUGACGUGCCCAUCCUGGUCGGAAACAACAAGGACGAGAAUGGGAUUGAUCUAUCUACCACCUAUACCGUCGCCGAGUACAGAUCGGAGAUCAACUCCACCUACGGACCCUAUGCCGCCGAGCUGUUGGCGCUGCACCCAGCUGAAAACACCACCCAGGCCACGGCCGCAUACAACUCGAUCCUGCGUGCUGGCUACUGCACCUCCACCUGGUCAUGGGCCCAGCGCUGGAACCAAUCCUCUACCGAACCUGUUUACUACUACCUCUGGACCUACUCGCCUCCUGGCUCGGAUGGAGCCACCCACGGCUCGGAGGUGUCUUAUGCGCUCAACAACCUCUACGCCCAGACGACCACCUCGUACACGGAUGCUGACUACGAGGUCGCCAACAUCAUGUCCUCGUACUGGGCCAACUUUGUCAAGACGCAGAACCCGAACAAGGGCGGCUCCUAUAACAACGGCACCUUGCCGUAUUGGGGCCCGAAUGUUCCCUCCCAACAGACCAUGUUUGAGCUUGGCAGCCUGUGGAAAGACAUUCCCUUUGCGUCGGCCAAGGAGAUCCAGCUGUACUUGGAGUACUUUAAGUAUGCUACUCCCAGUCCGUACUAG